ACAGUGCAGGUAACCGUGCGUAUACUCGUCGGUUGUAGCCAAAAAACAACAAACAUACAUUUUGAUAACAUAACCGGGUCUUCUUCUUCUUGUCAAUUGAAGAUUUCAAAAAAGUUGUUAUCACAAAACCAAAUAAAAACAUAUAGAUGACCGGAAGGAAAAACUUAUUCCGGAUGAGAUGUGACGAAGAAGCAGAAACCCUUACACUACGGUCACUCUAAACGGGACUCACGCGGAAUGGAUGGCAUUAAUAAAUACAAUGAAUUUGUGGCUCUCCACAAGUCCCAAUUGGAAUCAUUGUCUGUGCCAGUGCACCUUUGGCCAGCUCUUUAUCGGAAGUUGGCUGCAGAAACCUUUGAUGCCGGCGAAGCUCUGCAGCUGAUGUUGAUUGACUACGACGAGGAUGAAGACGAGCAGAACAGCGCCGACGAUGACGAUAGCACCCACCCAGUGUUUGCCUUGGGAGUGGCCCGUGAACAGGGAAUUAAAGCAAGCGAUCCCCUAGCCGUUUACUUGAUAGACCAUUGUUGGACCUUUCGGCUGGACAGCGCCCGCCAGACCCUGGAACAGAACCCCCAACUGGCAGAUCGAUUGUCUGCCAUAACCGGCGUGGAUCUGGAGCAUGAGCAACGCGUUGAGAAGAUACUGAAACGCCUGUGGAGGUACUGUCAUGCCUAUUCUAUUCUCACCGGCGGUAACUCCGAUGAGGAACGCAUACCCAUAUGGUAUGUGAUGGACGAAAUCGGUUCGGCCGUAAACCACUCGGAUGACCCAAAUUUCCGCCUUGUGCCAUUCCUCUACCUCAAUACCCAAACCACUUAUAGUAUUCUGUUUCCAAUCAAAGAUUGUGAGCAAAAUGAGCUAUUGACCCGGGAUAUGAUCGAGUAUGUGGCCAAGGAUGCACCACAAAGAGCUGCCCUGCUAUUGCCCUGGCGCGACGAUAAUUUAACUGCCGAGAGCUUCUUGCAGGUGGAGCCCAGUGCUGACUACUUUACCAGUGGACACAUACCAGAAACGUAUCCCAAAAUGAAUACCAAUGUCUUGCCAGCUCCGAAUCGAUGCGAUUCGUUAAAGGUUUAUGCUGAGUACGAGGUGGUCCGGCAGAAUUUAACAGAUACAAAUUUCCUCUUGGUAAACGCUGAAGAGGAAGCCGAUGUGUUGUGGCUCACCCACCACUUCAAAGAAUUUGAGGAAUUUUCCGAGAAGACGCCUCGUAAAUUCGUCAAUCAGUUUCCAUUUGAAUACGUAAUCACCAUCAAAGAUCUGCUCAGCAUUGUGUGUCGUCGGGCAGCCAAAGAGCAUCACGAUGCAGCCACUUUGGAAACAUAUCCCGCCUGGUUGCCCACCACCUACAAUCUGUCGACAGAGCUGACAGAGUUUGUCGCGUAUUACCAGUCGAGGGCAGUCAAAGGUCUGGACAACCAUUGGAUCGUCAAGCCCUGGAACCUGGCUCGCGGUCUGGACACUCACAUAACCGACAAUAUUAAGCAAAUUGUGCGUCUGCCAAUCACUGGCCCUAAGAUUGCCCAAAAGUAUAUCGAAAGACCUGUUCUGUUCCGUCGCACAGAGCUGGACUGUCGGGUCAAGUUCGAUAUUCGGUAUGUCAUACUGCUGAAGAGCGUUCAGCCCCUGGAGGCCUAUGUCCAUCGGAAGUUCUUUUUGCGCUUUGCCAAUCAUCCCUUCUCCAUGGACCACUUCGACGACUACGAGAAGCACUACACGGUGAUGAACUACCAGGAGGAAGCGGAACUGCAUCAUGUCAAAUGCGAUGACUUCCUGGCUCUCUGGCAGGACCAGUAUCCGGAAAAUGAUUGGACAGUCAUUGAGCAGCAAAUCUGCGAUAUGCUGCUGGAGGUUCUUCAGUGUGCCUGCCAAGAGGCACCGCCCUGCGGUCUGGCCCCUUGCCGCCAGUCCCGGGCACUCUAUGCCGCCGACAUCAUGCUGAAAUGGACGGACGAGGACAAGAAAGUCCUGCAGCCACAGUUGUUGGAAAUCAAUUGGACUCCCGACUGCAAGCGAGCCUGCGACUACUAUCCCAACUUCUUCAAUGACAUUUUCAAGUUGCUUUUCCUGGACGAGCACAAUAACGAGAUCUUUAGACAAUUGACGUCAGUCAACUAAUAUACGUUCUUAUCACUUA